CAAGCGUCCAACAGUCUUAAAUCUAGAGCAGAAUAUACCGCCAAACAAACCCCUAAGCAUUCUCGUACCCUUUCCCUGUAUUCCCUGCGUCCAAGCGCAGCAAAGAACCUUCCUUCUCCAAAUUGACCAUACCCACGGACAAAGUAUUUAACUUCUAGACCCACAUACACAGAUCAGCUAUGGCGAAUUCGGAGAACGAAAAGAUACUGAGAAAAAUGGCCGAUGCCUUCAAGGAACUUGCCGCUACGGUAAACUCGCAAACUCCGGAUAUGGAGGUGGCCCCUUUUUCACGCGCAUGUUCUUUCGUUUCUCCUCUCUUUGGUUGUUUAGGCAUCGCCUUCAAGUUCGCGGAAAUGGAUUACGUUGCAAAGGUUGGUGAUCUUGCAGAGGCGUCAAAGUCUAUUGCAACGCUAAACGCAAUGCUUGAUAGGGAUAUAGAAGGGAAUUGUGUGAGGAAAGCUGGGAGCCAUACAAGAAACCUUUUGAGAGUGAAACGUGGGCUUGACAUGGUCAGGGUACUCUUUGAACAAAUUCUGGCUACAGAGGGGGAUUCCUUAAAAGAUCCAGCUUCCAAGGCCUAUGCACAGGUAUUUGCACCCCACCAUGGCUGGGCAAUCAGGAAAGCUGUAGCUGCUGGGAUGUAUGCCCUCCCUACAAAGGCACAGCUAAUGAAGAAACUAAAUGAAGAUGAGGCAUCGGCGAGGAUUCAAAUGCAACACUAUGUUGCAGCAUCCAGACCUGUCAUUUUGUACAUUGACAAACUCUUCCUUUCAAGAGAAUUGGGUAUAGAUUGGUAAAAGAAAGAACAACUGUAUUAACAGAUAUCUGUUUAUUGUGAUAAUGUCAAUAAAGCAAAAUAAACUGGUUGUUAAGGCGUUUCAGUUAUUCCAUUUUUUGCUCUCUUUUGCCUUUUUCCCACUUUCGCAGAACACUGUCUAGUAUUGUUGUACAAAUCUUAUUAAACUUAUCUAUGGUGAAACUGGAAACAGAAA